GUAUGGCUGUGAUAAUAUGAUGAUACCAGGCUAACUAGCUAUUGCUUAUCAUCAAGGAACCGCCUGAUUGUUGGUAAUCAUGGACCAAGGGCUUUAGGUUGAGCUCCUCUGUGGUUGGGAUCAUAAAUUGAUGUGAUUCCUGAAAUAAGGACAUAUCAAUUGAUGACGGACCAUACGGAGGUGGUUGAGCCUGUUUGUUGAUGUUUACCUAACUUACUUUAUUAUUACCUACAAUUUAACACCCAGAAUCGGAAUGAUAGAUCCAUCUAUCUGUAAUACGCAACGAUGGUGUGGGACUGUGGAUGAUGACUCCAAAUCUUCCCUUUAGUUCUCUCCUUCCUUGCUUACGAUUACGAAAAAAUCGAGCGUUUCCAGCAUGUAUCCCUGGGAAGAAAGCGAUAAUACAUUUGUCCCCUUGGCCACAGGGACCUUAUUGUAGACAACUGGAAGGGACUUGGAACUCCAAUUAAUGCCCAACACAAGAAGUCUUGAAUGCUCUUUCGGACAGAUUUUGAUGUCCUAUCUAUCAUACUCCAAUUAAUGUCCAACUUGUCGAAAAAUUUCCAGCUGCUGUAAAUGCAGUCUUCAUAGUGUCACAUUUUAGAGUUCUUGCACAUGAUUCUGCAUGCGCGACUAGCUCAACUAUAUGUUUUUUCCUGACUAUUCAUCUGUUUCACAGUUCUUGUCCCACUUGAAGAGCAUUCAUAUCGAUUCACUGGAACUUUUACGAGGAUCUAAAUAAGCCUCCUUCCCGGGCUCAUCAACCGUCUCUUUCUUAUCUUAUGUAGGCUCUUUGUUUUGUAACUACAAGGAGUAUGAGGAAUUUAAUCUUGGAAAUGGCCUAACUGAAGUUCGAACUUCAUAAAAAGCUGUACUGCAGGAAUGUUCUCCCUGCUACGGUCCAGGACAGUGAAAAAGAGAACGAUUGUUGUUGGUUUAAAAGAUGAUCACAGGAGCAGGGAAGUUCUGCUGCGUUUACUCAACUUGGUGGCUAACGCAGGCGACACUGUUCUUGCUGUUCAUGUGCAAGAACUAGAUGGCUGCGGAUUUGAUCCCAAUACGUUUCAUAUUCAUGAAGAUGUUUGCAAGGCCAAACAGGUAUUACUUCUUAUCUCGUUGCAGGUGGAUUUUCAGGUAAAGGUUUGUACCGGAAACUCUUACAUGGUUGCACUGAGUCAUCAAGUACGGACUAAUUUUGCGACAAUUCUUGCCCUCGGAUGCAGCAGCUUUCUGCCUGAGGAUUCAAAGGUUUCAAAAUGCUUGAAAACACUGCCCCCUACUUGUACCCUUUUAGUAAUGGAUAGUUCCGGGAAGAUUCUUAUAAAGAUGACAGGGACUUCACAGCAAGGCUCCUCUUCCACAAAUAAAGUCCUUCGAUCUUCUUUAUCAACUCCAAAUUCCAACAUCUCCGAUCAAUCAGCACGGAAAGUACAUCUGGUGAAAAAAUCAGUGUCAAUGCCAGUUUCAUCAGCCUCACCCUCAAAUAUCAGAACUGAAAUUUCAGCGAACGGUGAUACACAACCAUUGAUGACUCCGAAACAAUUUCAAAGAUUAGCCACUUUGGAUAUAAAAGGAUCUGGCAGGCGCUUUAGUUCGGAACAACUUAAACAUGCAACAAAUAACUUUGCUCAUGGAAAUCUUAUUGGAGAGGGUGGUCACAGUAUGGUAUACAGAGCUAAGCUUGAAAAUGAUAGAGUUGUUGCUGUGAAAGUUCUUAAGACCAUGAAAAAAUCCUCUGAGGAUUUCUUUUUCCGAGAAGUAGAGAUUCUAAGUAGUUUAAAUCAUGAAAAUAUAGUUCAACUUAUUGGGUAUUGUUAUAGUCAAGAUAUGAAAGCUGUUGUCUGCAAUUUACUGGACUGUAGCUUGAAGCAAAGGCUGAAACAGCUUGAAUGGAAUGACAGAUUGAGGGUUGCUAUUCAUGUUGCGAAUGCAUUAGAUUACCUCCAUUCUUUCUCUCCCCCAAUUAUACACAGGGAUGUGAAGUCAUCUAACAUUCUUCUCUCAGACGAUGGCCAACCUCAACUGUCAGAUUUUGGAGCUGCAACAGUACAUCAACAGACUCAGAAAACAUCUACGCGUGAAAGACCAUUUGAUGUAGUUGGGACCUUUGGAUACAUGGCACCAGAGUACAUGAUGUAUGGAAAAAUUGAUGAAAAGAUUGAUGUUUACUCGUAUGGGGUUGUUCUGCUGGAACUAAUCACUGGGAAAGCAGCUAUACAGACAAAUCAGGCAUCUCAAAAUCAAAGCUUGGUUUUAUGGGCGAAAUCUCUACUUGAUUCUAGCUUAAGUGAAUGUCUAAUUGAUCCUUUCCUAGAUGAAGAUUACGACAAGGAUGAGAUGGCAACGAUGAUGACUGUAGCUCGACUAUGCCUCUUGGAUUUAUCUUCCAGUAGGCCAACCAUGAAGACGGUUCUGCAACUAUUUGAGGAACCAGAGUAUCUGAUUCUUGAGCAGUGGUUAGAGAUGCCGAUUAAGAAACAAGAGCUCUUUGAUGGAAUUAGUCAGAAUGGUGAGACAGAGUCAUCUCACUUUGAUGAAACAACUUCUACUUGACCAUAGCUCAUUGAUGAGAUGAGUAAUACAUUCCCAAAAACAAAACAAAGAAAAUUCCAGCACUUACAU